CCCGGUAGAGGCGGGUACAAGGCCGCCGAGGAGCGGGGUGGGGCAUCGCUGCGCGGCCUUCCCCAAAGCGGCGGUUUACUGGCGGUAGUUACCUUAGUAUCCACGUUAGCUUGAGUUGUGGCCGGCUGCGAUCGAUUCUACUAGGCCGGUGCAGUCUCAGCCAGAGUGUCACCCCGAGGCCUGAGAAACAGGAUUUUCUCUGGUCCGGAACUCCCUGGCGAUCAGCGUUGCCCCCAUAACCGGAUACCAAUUAUUUGAACUUUCGUCUUCAGACCCAGGAGUCAUAGAUGCCAAGAAGUAUGGCCCCCCUCAAGAAGCCUCGAAAUACCACGAAGUUACCCCUGGCUUUAAACCCCUUGAAGAGCAAGGACGUGUUGGCAGUGCUGGCUGAGAGGAACCAGGCUAUAGUACCCGUUGGGGCCUGGGUGGAGCCUGCCCCACCAGAUAGUUCAGAAGUCCCGGCAGCUACUUCAGCAUAUAUAAUUGAAGAAGAACUGAAGGAGCAGCUAAGAAAGAAGCAGGAAGCUCUGAAGCGUUUUCAGAGACAAGUCAAAAGCCGAGUAAAUCAGCAAAUUAGGCUGAGAAAAAAGCAACAACUUCAGCGGUCUUAUGAAGCUGCAGAGAAAGAAGGCUCAAUAGCCAUGUACUCUUCAGAUCUAGCACACUUAACUCCUAAAAGAACGAGCGUUUUUCCAAGCAAUUUGAAUGCUGCUAUUGGAAGGGCCAGAUUGCCUCCUCCCCACAUGCUUGAGGGUGGAAUAGAAGACAGAGAGAAUCAGAAUGAACUGUUCCAACAACAAGCCCAGGCUCUUAGUCAAAGCAUGAAACAAGCACGUCACCGGCUGGCAUCGUUUAAAACUGUGAAUCAGAAAGAUGCACCAGAGUUUCCAGAUGCUAGAAAGAAAAGCUUUCCCACCCAGGAGAAAGCACUCUGUAGGAAGCCAUCAUUUACCAGGAUAAAUAUAGGCGUAAGAGAACUGCCCUUGGAUGUCCAUCAAGGUCUUUUAACUCCUGCAGAUUACCAGAAAUUUAUGGAUGAUCAGGAACCUGAGGAAUCUUCAUCUGUUAUGAUAGAUAAGAAAGGGAAAAAGCAUUUGUCUUGGGGGGACCAGGAGACUCUCUUUCCUGAAGACAAAGAUAUGCCUUUCAGCAGAGUUCAGAAAGUACAAUUCAAAACCCCACUAUUUGAUGUGAUGGAAGAGGAAGAAGUAAAGCAAUUACAUCAGGAUGUUUUGCCAGAAACCCAGGAUUAUCUUCCAGAAGCCCAGGGGGAUUUGACAAGUGUCCUCGAUGUUGAGUGGGAAGCCCAGCGCUGUGAGCCGAGACUCAGUACCCAGCGUAUCGACCUGGAAGGCCACACUGUUGAGCCCAAAGCCCAGGCCAUUAAGACAAAAACUAAGAGUGGUAUGCUGAAAGACACGACUGUUGGACUAGAAGAUGGGGAUAUUGCCUUGGAAGUGCAAGAUUUUCCACUCCAAAAUCAGACUUUUCUACCCACAGAUGAGCACAUUCUCCCCAAAGACCAGAAUGUUCUACCCAAAUGUCAGGACCAGGAUUUUCUACCCAAAGACGAGUGUGUUUUACCCGAAGACCAAUGUGUUCUCCCCAAAGACCAGAAUAUUCAACCCAAAUGUCAGGACCAGGAUUUUCUACCCAGCAAUCAGAAGGUAUGCUUCAAGAAGACAUAUUGUGAUAUGAUGAAUGAGAAAGGAAGAAAAGAGUUUUCUCUGGAAAGUUAUCCAUAUCUGCCUCCUAAACUUCAGGACCAGGCCUCCAUCAGAGAUCAGAGCAAGUGUGUUAUGCAACCCUCAUGUUUCAAGAAAUCGGAGCUUGGAAGAGGAGUUGCUUCUGGAGUGUGGUUGAGCUUAUGCUCCAUACAGCAACCAUGUGUUGGAACAGCUGAAAAAUGGCAGGAAGAUUUGCUUCUGGAUGGGCAUCAGCAUCUUGCAUCUAAGCAGCAGAGAGAGGCUUCCAGCAGAAAACAGGUUGGUGAUCAGUAUCAGUCAAGAUUGAACACUGAAUUUCAAACUCCCCUGGCACUUCAGUCUGGAGUAAGUCAAGAGGAAGACAAGAAAGAGCGUCAAAAGCAAUACCUGAGGUAUAGACGACUUUUCAUGGAUAUUGAAAGAGAACAAGUGAAAGAACAACAAAGGCAAAAAGAACAUAAGAAGAAAAUUGAAAAAAUUAAGAAAAAGAAAGAGCAGCAACGUUAUGCUGAAGAACAAAGAAUAUUAAGAAUGAACUCCCAUGAAGAGCCAUGUUCAGGGGAGAAGAUAAGUGAGAUGUUAGCCCAACUACAGCUUGAGGAAAUGAAAGGAGCCAGAGAAAAACAACAGCAGAAAGAAAAAGAAUACCAAAGAUAUGUAGAAGCUUUAAGAGCCCAGAUCCAGGAGAAAAUGCAACUAUAUAAUAUUACUUUACCUCCACUCUGCUGCUGUGGUCCUGAUUUUUGGGAUGCUCAUCCUGAUACCUGUGCCAAUAAUUGUAUUUUCUAUAAAAACCACAAAGCGUAUACCCGGGCACUACAUUCAGUCAUCAAUUCCUGUGACAUCCCUGAGGGGAACUCAGAUCUUCGAGUUGCCAUUCAUAAUUUUGCUUCUGCACAUAGACGGACUUUGAAAAACCUGUAAUAAGAAUCUGAAAUCAACCAUUAGUAUUUCAACCUACUUAAAAUCUACCCCAAGAGAUUAUUUUAGGAAAAGCUGUCCAAGUGUAUAAGAUGUGUAAUUUGGAAAGACUGUCCCACACAAUUGGUGUCUUUUUAAUUAAAUCAUGACCAUUAUUUCACUCUCUGCUUGGGACCAAGAUUGAAAAUUGGCUUCCAGACUUGUCUCAUUACUGUAAACCAUCUGGUACCUAUUGUUUUAAAAAUGAUCACUCAGGCUGGUGAGGUUUCUCUCACUUUGCUCUGCUCUGCUCAGAAGAUAUUAUUAGAAAUCUUUGAGAUUAUCUGAUUUAUUAUCUUUAUAUAACUGUACCACUUGAAUCUUACAAAAUUGAAAAUGUUUGGAUGAAGAAGAGAAGAUGAAGAAAUGAAUUUCUGAGCACCAGUGGCCAUCUGUAUUGCUGUUAGCUUUUCUAGUUGUGUACAGCAGUUAGAGAUGAGAACAAUCUGAAUUUGAUGUAUGUUUUUUCCUCAAAUUUUUUUCGCUCGUGUUUUUAUUACCUCUUUCCCCAUUCAGUGAUGAUGAACACAGGACUUUUUAAUUUUAUAAUUUUUAUAGAAAAAAAGGCAAAUAAGCCCUCUGCCUUUUGAGCAUGUUUUAUGUGAAAUAAUUGUGAGUGACAUUUCAAAAAGUGAAUCUGAAGUCAAAGAGAGUAAAGUCCUACUUUAUUUUUCUAUCUCUAAAAAAUCUGGUGAAUGCCAUACUUACAGAGCAGGUGAAAUAAAAAUUGCUAUAGUUAGUAUGAA